AUGAAAGAGUUACUUUCAUCUCACCAGCCACGUGAUGAAGGAGUUACUUUGAGACGCCUGGAAAUAACACAAUCUCUCCCGCUUUCCAUCACCCCGCCCCAUUCCCCCGUUUUCCAUCACCCCGCCCCAUUCUCCCGCUUUCCAUCACCCCGCCCUAUUCUCCCGCUUUCCAUCACCCGGCCCCAUUCUCCCUCUUUCCAUCACCCCGUCCCAUUCUCCCGCUUUCCAUCACCCCACCCCAUUCUCUCGCUUUCCAUCACCCCGCCCCAUUCUCUCGCUUUCCAUCACUCUGCCCCAUUCUACCUCUUUCCAUCACCCCGCCCCAUUCUCCCUCUUUCCAUCACCUCGCCUCAUUCUCCCUCUUUCCAUCACCCCCCCAUUCUCCCUCUUUCCAUCACCCCGCCCCAUUCUCCCGCUUUCCAUCACCCCGCCCCAUUCUCCCGCAUUCCAUCACCCCGCCCCAUUCUCCCUCUUUCCAUCACCCCGCCCAUUCUCCCGCUUUCUAUCACCCCGCCCCAUUUUCCCGCUAUCCAUCACCCGCCCCAUUCUCCCGAUUUCCAUCACCCCUCCCAUUCUCCAGCUUUCCAUCACCCCGCCCCAUUCUCCCGCUUUCCAUCACCCCACCCCAUUCUCCCGCUUUCCAACCACCCCCCAUUCUCCCGCUUUCCAUCACCCUGCCCCAUUCUCCCGCUUCCCAUCACCCCGCCCAUUCUCCCGCUUUCCAUCACCCCGCCCCGUUCUCCGCUUUCCAUCACCCCGCCCCAUUCUCCCUCCUUCCAUCACCCCGCCUCAUUCUCCCGCUUUCCAUCACCCCGCCCCAUUCUCCCGCUUUCCAUCACCCCGCCCCAUUCUCCCGCUUUCCAUCACCCAGCCCCAUUCUCCCACUUUCCAUCAGCCGCCCAUUCUCCCUCCUUCCAUCGCCCUGCCCCAUUCUCCCCCUUCCAUCACCCGCCCAUUCCCUCCUUCCAUCACCUCGCCCCAUUCCCCGCUUUCUAUCACCCGCCCAAUCACCGCUUUCCAUCACCCCGCCCCAUUCUCUAG